AAAAAAUCGUGCAAUUUUGGCCGAUUCCCGCAGCUUCUCUGCCUCUUUCCCAAUUCCAACUUGCUAACUUCCGAUUAAUGGCGAUCUCCUCUCCUCUUUCUGCCAUUCGCAUUUCAACUCCUCAUCCUAAUCUAUAAUAAGUCUUCUUCCUCUCAGCUGCCUUCACUUGGGAGGGAGAACAAGAAGGGAAUGAGGAUGGCCGUGCGUCUGCAUUUCGGAGCGGCUAUUCUGCUGCUGUGUUUGGCCGUGGCAAUCCAAUCUGAGCUGGCCAUUGCCAUGAAGCCAAUGCCUCAAGCCUUGUCUGAUGCUAAGAUUCUUAAGGAUUCAAUUGUAGAGAGGAUUAAUGCGAAUCCUGUCGCUGGAUGGAAAGCUGUCAUGAGUCCUCGCUUCUCCAAUUACACGGUUAGCCAAUUCAAAUAUCUACUUGGGGUCAAACAGACGCUUAGCAAUGCCGUUAUUGACAUUCCUGUCAUAACUUACCCGAAAUCUUUGAAACUGCCAAAGGCAUUUGAUGCUAGAACAACAUGGUCUCACUGCAGUUCCAUUGGAAGAAUACUUGAUCAGGGACAUUGUGGUUCUUGCUGGGCGUUUGGUGCAGUGGAAUCCUUAUCUGAUCGUUUCUGCAUUAGAUUUGGUGUUAAUGUAUCACUGUCUGUUAAUGACCUUUUGACAUGCUGCGGAUUUAUGUGCGGAGAUGGCUGUGAUGGAGGUUAUCCUAUAUUUGCUUGGAGGUACUUAGUUCAGAGCGGUGUUGUUACUGAAGAGUGUGACCCGUACUUUGAUCAGAUUGGAUGUGCUCAUCCAGGUUGUGAGCCUUCCUAUCUGACACCCAAGUGUGAGAAGCAUUGCAAGGUCCAUAACCAAGUCUGGGCUGAGGCAAAGCAUUUUAGUAUCAAUGCUUAUAGAAUAAACUCUGAUCCUCAUAAUAUAAUGGCAGAGGUUUACCAAAAUGGCCCCGUGGAAGUCUCCUUCACCGUUUAUGAGGAUUUUGCCCACUAUAAAUCAGGAGUCUAUAAGCACAUCACAGGUGAUGUAUUAGGUGGACAUGCUGUGAAGUUAAUUGGAUGGGGCACUAGUGAGCAAGCCGAAGAUUACUGGCUUCUUGCUAAUCAAUGGAAUAGAGGAUGGGGCGAUGAUGGCUAUUUCAAGAUCUUAAGGGGAGCAAAUGAGUGUGGAAUUGAAGAGGAUGUGGUGGCUGGCUUGCCUUCGCCCAAGCACUUUAUAUUAAACCAUGCUGAUAUGGAUGCAAGUGCUGAUGCCUUUGCUUGAUCUCGAUGCACGGCGGCCUCGAAGUCUAGUCUAUUUUACCGUUAUGCUUGACUGGUAGCUUUCAGAUCCUUAGGAUAGUUUAUACUUCCAUUAGAGGAUAUCAUAUCAGGUCCAUAGGAUAGUUUAUAUGAUCAUGCAAGUUCUCUUCAAAAUCCAAAAUUUUUAUUAUUUUCAAAUAAGCCGCUUUUCAAAAAUUACAUACAAAACCUUCCAGUUUCAUUCAGUGCGAUACAUGUGAAUUCGGUGGUAUUAACCACAAUACCACCACAGUACCACUAAUCUGCACGUAAAUUUGCUCCAUUAAAAAAAAAAAUGAAACUUCAAAGAAAUGUCACCAUGAAUUCACAUGCAAUCAGCUUCAUGGUAAAAUGAAAGGAGGAAAACUACGGUAAGCUCAUGUGUGUGCCAUCGAGUCAUACAUGUGUAAGGGGAAUCGCUUUUGUAUUGAAAAAUUAAAAAAGGGGUAUUAACAUGCAU